AUGGAGCAUGACACCAAGACGCGUAAGCUACCGAGUCUGCAUUUACUGACCGCCACUGGCGCCAUUGACGACUUCUAUCGCUCGAUAUCCAAGUGCGACGAUGCCGCCAAGCAGGACGAAGGGAAGAAGAUCGUAGAAGAGCUCGUGUGCUUGAAAUACGAACUCCAACUUGACCGAAACCUCACGUCCGUAUCUCCCGGGUACCUAGGUGGAAUCCUGCGUGUUGACCCAUACCAGACCUAUACGAGACGACGGCGGGGCCAACGUAACCCUGUACAACCUUGA